UACGGUUCCUGUCGCUAAUGCUCUUCAUUGAACUAAAUAUAAUCUAAUGCCCAAAUCUUACACGGUGAUGUUGUUGACAAUCUACUACAAUCAAAGUCCUCUGUAAAAGCGCACAAGUAUGAAGUAUGUAAAAACGGUUGUAAGCUUUUCGGUUUACUUGAAGACGAACAGUUAUGUCCCCAUUGUCAGGGAGCACGCUACAAAGACAGCAGUAAUCUAGUUCCAAGAUCAACAAUGAAACUCAUGUCAAUUGGCGAUCUUUUAGCCCAGAUGCUAGCAAAUUCCAACACUAGACAGCUUCUCCAAUAUCGCGCAAGCAGGGAGGUUGUUCCAGGUGUAGUAAGCGAUGUAUUUGAUGGAGAGUGCUAUAAAGAUCUUGUUCGCAAAGGCUUGUUUUCCAAUCCAGAUGAUAUUGCAAUUGGGCUUUUUACCGAUGGUUUUGUAAAUCGACAUAAAGGCAAAAGCUCUUACACAAUUAUUCAUGUAAUCAUUUUCAAUUUCGAUCCUUCCAUCAGGUACAUGUGACAUCUAUUUUUAUAAGAUUAAUUCUAUCUUACACAAAGUUUUUAUUGUAUUUUAGAUACACCAAUGAGUACUUACUGCAGUUAGCUAUUCUCCCAGGAAGUAGAAAGCCAGCAGAUUUAGAUUCAUUUUUAAAGUCAAUUGUUGAUGAAUUGAAAGAUCUGUCUGAAUAUGGGCUAAUUGUAAAGAAGAAUCAGAAUGAAGUUUGCAGAGCGAAAGUCCAUUUGUUGAUUUGUUCGGAAGAUAUUCCAGCUGUGGCAGACA